AUGAUGAGUCGUAAGAGGAGAAGCAGUGAAGAUGGUGUCCAAGGAACAAUCAAAAAAUCUAAGAGGGAGUCAUCGCAGGAAACGACUCGGGUUCCAGCCGUGCCAGGUCGAGUCAUAUCCAUCGAGCUAGAGAACUUCAUGUGUCACAAAAGCAUGAAGAUGGAUUUAGAUGUAUUUCAUAAUAAUUGUUUUUUCAUCGGUGGUCGCAAUGGAUCUGGCAAAAGUGCAGUGUUGGCAGCGCUGAAUAUCGGACUUGGAGGUCAGAGCAGUAUGAGCGAUCGCGGAAAUGCAGUCAAAGAAUACAUCAAGCAUGGCACUCGAUCGAGCGUUCGUUCACUGCCGAUUCAUCGUCGUAUAAAAUCAAGACGACGAAAGAUGGAAAAGGUAUUCAUAACAGCCACCGGUCUUGAUGUUUUAGUUGCAAAAUAUCGCCAUCAUAAAGAAGUUCUGAAUGUUUUGACUCAGAAAGUCGAUGAAUCUCGUCAACUUGUCAAACAGUUGGAAAGUGACUAUAUGCUAACAAAAUUGCGAUUCACUCAGACCGAAUCGAUGAAUAAAUUACUGAAAGAAAUCGCAGAGAUUGAAUGGAUAAAGUGUUGGUUGCCGUAUAGGGACACAAUGAUGGAGAUGAAGAAUGCUGGAGAGUUUGUGGCAAAAGUUGACGCGAAGAAGGAAAAACGAUUAGCUUCGAAACAAAAGAAAACGCAAAUGAAAGAUGAACUGCUAACGAAGAAUGCAGCGAUGCGCGCUCAACAGAUCACAGCUCGUCAAGAAAUUGAAAAAUAUGAAGCUGAGGAGGGUGAGAAGAGGGAAGAAUACGAAACAUGCAAAACAUCAUUAAAAAAGAUGUGCGAGGAGUGUCACAAGAAAAAAUUGGAAUUAAACAAUACACUCAACGAUAUACAGUCGUUCACCAAAAUGGUUGAUGAUAUCAAUAAAAAGAAAAUGGAGCAAGAGUCGGGCCGUAAAGAGGCGAAGUUACGAGAGAGGAUUUCAAAAUUGAACGAAGAAUUAGAAGAAAAUAAAGCGAAUCGUGUGAAACUUGAAGAACAGGAUAAAAAAUUGAACGAGAAUAUCGUUGAUGCCGAGAAAAAAUUAUCAGAUAGGAGAGGCGAAUUAAUGGAAAAUGAGGAGAAGAUGCGGCUGUUGAAGCACAAAAAGGAACGUGUCGAUAGUAUGAAACUGAAUGAAAUCUCAAAAUUUGGUAAAUUUAUGCCGAAUAUUUUGGCGCUGAUUGAGAAAUAUCAAAAACAGUUCACUGCAAAACCGAUCGGGCCAUUAGGUAAAUAUGUUCGCAUAAAGAAUGCACCAUAUGAGGCGGCAAUCGAACAGCAACUGCGAUCAGUAUUAUCAGCAUUCAUUGUCAAUAAUCAUCGUGAUUUCGUAAUGUUUAAAAGGAUAUUAAGGGAUCAUAAUCUGAGGUUUACGAGCGAACGUUAUAAAACGUCAUGGAACGAGCCAUCCGGCGAAUAUCAAACAAUAUUACGUUCGAUCGAAAUUGACGAUGCGAACGUUCACAAUUUGCUGAUUGAUCAACUUAAAAUUGAACAAAUUCUGUUGUUGGAAAGCGAUGAAAUGGCGAGGGAGUUGAUGUCGAACAGGCCUCCGAAUAAUGUGCGCAGAGCGAUAACAAUGAGCGGUGGUGAAGCGAUAGCGGCCAAAAAGAAUCAAAUUUAUCGUUUCUAUGCGGGUAAUAUUUCGUCGAGUGAAUUGAGGAUUCUGUCACAGACGCAAUCAAUUGACACACAACAACUGCAAGCCGAGUUCAUGGAGGCACAGAAAUCACUGGCGCGAUGUCGAUCCGGCUACGAUGAAGCCAAAGAGCAGUAUCAAAACGCUCGAAGAGAUGCACAGAUGUCAACGAAACGAAUCGAAAAAAUAUCUGAGUUGAUAGGAAAUCUGGAACUGGAAAAGAGCAAAAGAGAGAAAGAAUUGGAUUUAUUACAGCUGGAGACUGGUGACGAUAAACAGCUUGAGGCACUAGUACGCGAGUUUGAAAGGCAAACGAUCCAAGAGUAUCGUGUAAAAGAGCAAGAGCAGCGAGAAGAAAUAGAAAGAGGAGUGGCGAGAAGAGAGGAAAUGACGACGGAUUGUAAAAAAUUACGAGAGAAUGUCAAGAAAAUGCAGAAAAAGGUGGAGCAACUGAAAGAGAACUUCGACACACUAAAGGAAGAAUUUCGAGAAGUGACGGCAGAAAUGGAAAGUGUGGAGAGUGAACUAAAUCAGAUCGAAAGAGAUCUGCAGCAGCUGGACGCGAAACGCAAAGAAUCACGUGCAGAAGAGAGAAGGAACAACGCUGAACAAAACUGUGCACGUUUCGAGCGUCCCGUUCAAUUCGACGAAUUUCCGGAUUUGGAUAAAUUACCGCAGUCGAGCGAUUUAGAGAGCGCAUUGGUAUCGCUGAAGAAUAAAGUGGACGCCAUCCGACAGAGUACUCAACGAAACGUAACAGAAGAGGAUGUGGCGAAAGCGAAAGAAGAAACGAAAAAAGUAAUUGAGGAACGUCGUAAGCAUUUCAUCAAUCACCGAGGAUUGAUUACGUUUCGAUUGUGUGAAAUCUUUGACGGUUUGCUAAGCUUGCGGAAAUUUAAAGGACGGCUUGAAAUAAGCCAUAGAGAUAAAACCGCCAGAAUUGUGAUUGAGCAAGUUGGUGCAUCGAAUGAUAACUCACUGGAUGAUAGUGGUUUUCAUGGAACGGAUGAUGGAGAGGCACGUAGUUUCCGAGAUUUGAAAGGUUUGUCUGGCGGUGAACGAACGUACACAUUGGCAUGCUUUAUUAUGGCGCUUUGGGAAAUUGUGGACGCCCCUUUCAGAUGUAUGGAUGAAUUUGACGUCUUCUUGGACCAUUUGAAUCGUGGAAUGGUGAUGGAAUUGUUGGUGAAAUUGGCCACGAAACGAUUUCCCCAAAAGCAGUUUCUGUUCUUUACGCCAUUAGGAUUGUCGGACUUGAAAGGAAAUGAACGUGUACAAAUUUACGAAAUGAAAAAACUCGAGCACAACGCAUGA